AUGGGAAUCGAAAAUAUCGAAAGGCCGAACAAGCUGCUCAUAUUGUGUCUAUUUGGAUUUGCAAUUGUCCUAAAGCUUGUCAUCCUUGUACUGGAAUUCGUAUAAUCUUACCAGCAAACGCGAACACACUUGAUUAACAAAUGGUCAAUUUACCUGCAAUGGAAGAAAGUAUUAAGUAAUUAGUUUAUUUUUUCUUUUGCGCUGUGAAAGGUGUGCAAUUUUUUAUAUGAUUUCAUUAGCAGAAAUAAAAGUAAAUACCGGCAAUUGUGCCUUU